CGAAGAGUUGCAAGCUACACCAGAUCGGGAUGGAUUGAAAGAAAGCAGGACAGCUAGCAGAGACCUAGGCGGUUGCGUGAUACGCAAGAAUUUAGGAGUAUACAAGACAAGACUGAAGGAAGCAGAGACAUCAACAACAACAGACAAUCCAACAACUGCAAAAAUCCCUCUUCAGAACCCAGUUUCCACUACCGGAAUUCUUAGUAGGCUCGUGAGUGGGCAUAAUUGUAAUCCAUAG